AUGUCGCCCUACACUACGUUCACAGACGUGUGCCCCAUCACACCGAUAUCCUCCCACCAAUACGCUGUCGAGCUCAAAGAUGAAUGGUGCAUAGGAACUGUUCCAAAUGGCGGUUAUACAACCUGCAAUUUCCUUAUCGCUGCGCGCACGCAUAUGCAAACCACUCACCCGAAGCUCAAUCAGCCCAACCCCUUCAACCUACAUCUCGAGUUUCUGCGCCGUACCGCUGUCGGCCAUGCCUUGUUCACCGUGCGCGAUGUGAAGCUCGGCUCACGCAUUUCCAAUCUGCACUUGACCCUCUCGCAGAACGGUGACCCAACCCCUAUCGUCGAAGGCUAUAUCACGAUGACCUCCAUUGCCGACGAGCGUGGCCUUUCUCUGCCGACCUCUUAUCAGCUGCUCCCGCCCCGACUGCCCGCAGACCUAACUCUUCUCGCCUCCACAGGUGAAGAUGCCAAUUACCGCCGCCGAGGACAGGAGCCCUUUCCCUCAUUCCGCCGUGCGGCGCUCAACGUGGCUCUCUACCUCGUGAAACCAUCAGCACGACCCGCAUCGCGCCCCAAAUCCCUAAAUGACCAGUGGAUCCGCUUUGCGCCGCGCAGCAACGGGCCCAACGCCCUGGGCUCGGGACGCUGGACCAACGACGCCCUAGGCUUCCUCGUCGACCUCUUCCCACAGAUCAUCGAACAGUAUAUCAACCCGGUCGCAGAAGAUGCGACGAUCACGGUCGACGACCCCGCAGAGAUGCGCAAGAUCAUAUCUAAGAUCACGGGCAGCGAAACGGAGCCUAAGGCGCGCUACUGGUACCCGACGCUGUCGUUGACCCUGAACGUGAAGAAGCUGCUGCCGGAGGAAGGCGUCGAUUGGCUGUUUGUGCGGGUCAAGGCCAAAAAGAUUCACGAGGGCAGGUUUGAUUUGGACGUCGAGGUAUGGGACGAGGCCGGCGAGUUGGUGUGCAGUAGUUAUCAUGCGAGCUUGGCGUUGGAUAGCUCCCGGAAUAUCACAAGGAAUGGGAAGGGAGUGAAGCAGCAGGGCAAGUUAUAG